UGACACAAGACAUAACCUAUUUUCUCCAUGGUUACGGUUACCUGUCAUUUUCUUCCUGUUAUUUAAUACAAAACUAACGAUUCAUCAAUAUGUUGAUUUCACUCAGGAAUGAUCAUAAAGAGCAUUUGAACUUAUUGAAAGAUCAAAGUGUUCAAGUUGUUGUUGAUUUCUGCAAAUUGGCAAUUGAUUACUUGAACAAUGGUCCGAACACAAAAUUAUAUGCAACAGCAGGGGAAAAACUGUCAGUACCUGUCGAAAAUAUCCAAAACACUGUGCUUGGAUUGGUCAACUUACUUAUAUUAUCUUGUCAGCACAAGCUGAGUGAAGCCGAUUUUCGGGACUCAAUACUCACUCUUGGUUUUAACGAUGAACAAGAAGUCAUACUCAAUAAAUUUUAUCAAAGAAAAAAAGUUGAAAUAAGUCAAAUACUUCAUGAAUUGAGUGUAAAAGAGCCCCACUUUGAUAACUUAGAAUGGAGGCUAGAAGUAGAGGUUGCUUCUAGGUGUUUACGUUAUCAGGCGAAUCCCAAAAUAACUAUGGAUUUUUCAUUGAAAACCCGAAAAGAGAACUGUGUGGAUUAUGAAGUUACACAUCACAUUGUACAAACAGAUGUUAAUAACUUAAACUAUAUUUGUAGUGAAUUGGAAAAAGCCCUAAAUGAAUCGAGAGGAAGAUAUUGUAGGAAGCUGCAAAGAACAUUGCCCACCACCUAAAUCUAAUAUAUAAUAUAUUCCCCACAUAGAUUAUACUGAAAUAAAUAUAUUAACAAUUUAAA